AUGGCGGCGGUUGCUAGCGAUCGAUGGAGGAGUGUGUUACCCGAACAUGAUAUUUUUAUUAAACUGCGUGAGAGGAGUCAUGUGGAUUCCCAAGCGACUAGCAAGAAAACAGCUAAAAACCUUACAUUCUGUUUAAAUGGCGAUCUGUUCAUAUGGGAUGAAGCUGAGAGUGUAUUUUACACCACAAACUUAAGGCAGUUGAACUCUGAGGAUGAUUUGGAUACUGCAAAGUAUCAGACUUUACUGUGUAUCAACCCUCCGCUCUUUGAAGUGUGUCAAGUUCUUCUUAGCCCUACGCAGUACCAUGUGGCUCUGAUUGGUCAGCGAGGUGCCACUAUUCUCGAACUGCCUCAGAGAUGGGGUAAAAAGUCAGAGUUUGAAGGCGGUCGCCCACUGAUCAACUGCAAAACCAUUCCUGUAGCUGAACGCUUCUUCACCAGCUCUGCCUCCAUCACCCUCCGUCAAGCUACCUGGUACCCCAGUGAGACGGAGGAGCCCCAUCUUGUCUUACUCACUUCAGACAACACCAUCAGGUUUUAUGAUCUUAAAGAGCCUCAGACACCUGCCAGAGUGCUUCCUGUGUCCCAGUCAGAAGAGGACAGUAGUGUCCACACACGCGGCCGCUCCUACGCAGCCUCCCUGGGCGAGAUUGCUGUGGCGUUUGAUUUUGGCCCACUGGCAGAUGUCCCCUCCCAGUUCGCGGGUCGGCGGGGGAAGGACGGCGCGCUGGUUUAUCCCUUAUACAUCCUGUAUGAAAACGGAGAGACCUACCUGUGCUACGUCUCUCUCUCACCCAGUCUUGGUAACCUGGGUAAGCCAGUGGGCCCUUUACCCAUGUACCCCGCAGCGGAAGAUAACUACGGUUACGACGCGUGCGCUGUUCUCUGUCUGCCCUGCGUCCCAAACAUCCUGGUGAUCGCUACGGAAACGGGAACGCUGUAUCACUGUGUGGUGCUGGAAGCUGAGGAGGAGGAGGACGGUGGAGCUGUGGAGAGGUGGUCCAGGGGGUCGGAGACAGUGCCAUCGCUCUACGUGUUUGAGUGUGUGGAGUUAGAACUCACUCUCAAAUUAGCCACCGGAGAAGAGGAGGAGCUAGUCGAGUCAGACUUCACCUGUCCAAUCAGAUUACACAGAGACCCUCUUUGCCAGCACAGAUACCACUGCACCCACGAGGCAGGCGUCCACAGCGUGGGUCUCACAUGGUUUAAUAAACUCCACAAGUUUCUGAACUCAGAUGAAGAGGACAAAGACAGCUUGCAGGAGCUGGCAGCGGAACAGCGCUGUAUUGUGGAACAUAUCUUGUGUACUAGGCCUCUCCCCACCAGUUUACCGUCUCCCGUGCAGGGGUUUUGGAUCGUAUCAGACCUGUCCCUGGGCGCCACCAUGAUCUGCGUGACCAGUAGCUGUGAAUGUCUCCUUCUACCCUUGCUGAGUUCUAUUCGUCCUCCGUCCCCUCCCCUGCUGUGUUCUCGCCCUGUGGUUGGCUCAGGGAGCUCCCCCUUGAGCCGAUUGGCCGAGGACUCGUUCGAGCAGCACAUUCGUAACAUCCUGGCGCGCAGCUCGAUGAAUCCCGUCAUACUCAAGGCAGGGGACAAAGACUCGUCCCCCGCUCCCCCGGAGUGUCUCCAGCUGCUGAGUCGUGCCACACAGGUGUUCAGGGAGGAGUACAUCCUGAAACAGGACAUGGCCCGCGAGGAGAUGCAGAGGAGAGUGAAGCUUCUUGCGGGACAAAAGAACAAACAGCUGGAGGAUCUGGCUCUGUGCAGAGAGGAGAGGAAGAGUUUGCGUGAGGCUGCGGAACGAUUGGCCGAGAAAUAUGAAGACGCCAAGUAUCGCCAGGACGCCAUAAUGAACAGAGUGAAGCAGGUGCUGGGUAGUCUGCGCAGUCAGCUCCCAGUGUUGUCCGACAGCGAGAAGGACAUGAGGAAAGAGCUCCAGAACAUCAACGACCAGCUCCGUCACCUAGGCAACGGGAUCAAACAGGUCAAUAUGAAGAUGGAGUACCAGAAGAAACAGAUGGAUAAAGGAGAGGCCCCUGCUCGAGGCAGCAUAGCCCUGAGCGCUCAUCAGAGGAAAUGUGUCCAGGGCGUGCUCAAGGAACAGGGCGAACACAUCGCAGACAUGAUGAAACAAAUUAAAGACAUAAAGAACCACUUCAGUUUCUGAAUGACAGGAACCAGCAUUCCACCAAAUGUUUACCAGAAGACAGAUUGUGUCGUGACAUGUAAUUAGAUCAUUUUGGCUCAGAAAAAGGACUAUUGUUUAGUAUGCUGGGGUUUUUGUUGUUUUUUUUCCCUCCUCCUUCUUAAAUAAUCUUACAUAUGGCAUUUGUAUUCUUUAUCUGCAAAUGAAACCAGUGCCGUUGGGAGAAGACUACAUUUUUACUUUUUAAACUUCUA